CGCGCUGCGUUCAUCUUCAGUUCGUACAGAUCGGUCACCACGGUAUGAGCUCUAGUUAGGCUCCCUUCCCCCCAAAUUGGAAUUUGGAUAAUUGCAAAAAUUUGUUAGAUAGCAAAUAAAUAAAAUAAUUACUGGCGAUUCUUGUGUCAAUUUAAAUUACGUUCGUUGCAAAAUGGCGCGUGCAGCUUUAUGCAUGGUCGUCGCUUGCAUAUUGUUGCAAUGCGUUUACUCUGCCAAAUUCGAUUCAGAGAAUCGACGAUUGAUCGUCGAUAUCAAUGAUAAAAAGACAACGAACCAACAAUAUUAUUCGUCAAACUUUGACACAAGUAAGUAA